GUGAGCGCGCCUUUCACUUUCCCCACACCUGACGAGCCGACCAGAGCAAUGGACGCGGGUGGCGGCGCCGGCGAGCAGCUGAGCCUAUCUGCGGUUCGCGACCAGCUGAUCCGCGAGGAGGAUUCCAUCGUCUUCGCCCUCAUCGAGCGCGCCAAGCGCCCGCGCAACGCGCCGGCCUACUCGCUUGCCGCCGCCGGCGGCUCCCUCGCGGAGUUCUUCGUCCGGGAAGCCGAGGCAGUGUACGCCAAGGCUGGACACUAUCAAAAGCCAGAAGAUGUUCCAUUCUUUCCUCAAGAUCUUCCGCCACCUCUCUUUCCUACCAAAGGUUACCCAAAGGUUUUGCACCCUUCUGCUUCACGGGUCUGUGUGAAUGAUGCAAUAUGGAAGAUGUAUUUUGAUGAAUUGCUCCCAUUAUUCACUGCGAAUGGUGAUGACGGUAACUAUGCAGAAACAGUUGCAUUAGAUUUUGCAUGUCUGCAGGCCCUCUCAAGAAGAAUUCAUUGUGGUAAAUAUGUUGCUGAGGUGAAGUUCAAAGAUUCUCCUCAAGAUUAUAGCCCACCAAUACAUGCUAAGGACAACAAUGCUCUGAUGAACUUACUAACAUUCAAGGCGGUUGAAGAAAAGGUCAAGCAGAGAGUAGAGAAGAAGGCCAGGAUAUUUGGACAGAAUGUCACUUUGGAGGAGAACAGUGUUAACAAGCAAGAUGACAAUGCCUGUGAUAGUGAAUGCAAAGUUGAUCCAAAAGUGCUUUCCAAGUUAUAUGAUCUGUGGGUAAUGCCUUUAACAAAGGAUGUUGAAGUCGAAUAUCUUCUUCAGCGUCUAGACUGAAUCACCAAACAAUUUGAGAUGAACAAGUAUGUUGUAGCCUUUGCCAUAUAGUGGAAAGGCUUUAUCGAAUGUGUCCUUGAAAAUUCGUGUAAAGCUUAUUUUAAUACAUAUGUAACAACUACGCUGAGUGAUAUACAGCCUCUUGGUUAGUUGAAUAAUAUUCCCCUGAUCGUAACAAUUUAUCACUGAACCA